AUAACUCCACAAAUGCAGUUGUAGUAUUCGUAUAGGUUUCACCGAUGACGGCAGUGGAGAAUAGGAUGCCGGCUAAACAAUAUUAGCAUCCAAAAUAUAUAUUAUUUCCAUGCCGUGACAGUAUUGCGUCACUGAGCUUACCUUGGUCGAGUGUUUUCGCCAGACUUUGCAAUCUUAUGACUCUCCAUCGCGGGAGGCACAAACGGAACAAUAGUCGCGGCUAUCAGAUAUCCCAUUGCCAGUGCGGAAGCUUUGUUGCUCGCUGGUGCAGCGUGGUGGGAGAAUUGGCGAAGCGUUGCACCGACUUGGUGCUGGAAUGCCAUUUUGUUGUCUUUGUUUUAUAUUUUUCUUGUGCCGGACGCUGGACGUUGUUCUGGCCUGUGCUCAGCUGCUGCUGGGUAUCUUGUCUCUCGUGCACGGUAAUAUAAAAGCAAGGCACUGAGGAAGUUGAAGAUGGUAGUAUGUAUCUGUAGUAGAAUUUACA